ACUGGUCGGCGCCCCGCCGCCCGCGGGGAUCCCUUGCGUCCGCAUCGGCUGUGCGGUGCUGGUGGCCGUGGUUUUGUGCCAUCCCCCCGGGUGGUCGGGCACCGAGGGUAAUGGCGGCUCCCCCAGGCAGGGUGUGUAGUGAGCACUGGAGGGGCCCGGCCGGGACGUGCGGCUGGCUGGGCAUCACCGCCCGCCUCAUGUUUCUGAGUGUGUGACAGAGUUGGUGUCGCACUGGGACAGAGAGUCGCUUUCCACACCGCAGAGCUGGGAGGUACAGCGCCCAGCGCCCAGCACCAGGCAGGGAGGAGAAUGUGGGAUCUUUGUUGUCCAGGUCACGUUUGUGUAAACACAGUGAUGCGUGUGUGCUGGCUUGUGGGGAAAGAGAAAUGCAGUCAGCGUGUGAAGCUGCCACACUUGGAAGCAGUGGUAAUCGGGCGUGGCCCGGAGACUGGGAUAACAGAUAAGAAGUGUUCACGGCAACAAGUUCAGUUAAAAGCAGACUGUAACAAGGGUUAUGUCACAGUUAAGCAGAUAGGAGUUAACCCGACUAGUGUUGAUCUUGUGGAUAUUGGCAAAGAUGAAGAGGUGAAAAUGAAGCCAGGCCAAGUUCUUCACAUUGUGAAUAAACUUUACCCCUACAUGGUGCAAUUUGCUGAAGAGUCAGUGAAAAUUGUUACAGAAGCAGAAGAGAACAUAAAAAUCAAGAAGUGUGGCAAAAGUGUGGCAAAGUGGCACUCCUGUGAGAAUGAUGAUGUAGAGCUUGUGCCCAGGAAAACAAUGAAGAGGGAGGUGGUGAAUACACAAGGCAGUUCUGCAAAUCUCAAACUAAGCAAUAGUGGUGUAUCUCCACAUGAAGGAACUUCGAGUAAGAAGGAACAUUUAGGCCACUGGAGUCAGGGUCUGAAGAGCUCCAUGCAAGAUCCAAAAAUGCAGGUUUACAAAGAUGAAAAGACUGUAGUCAUCAAGGAUAAAUAUCCCAAAGCACGUUACCACUGGCUUGUGUUACCAUGGGACCCCAUUUCAAGCCUCAAGUCCGUCACCAGGGACCAUCUUGAACUCCUGGAACACAUGCAUGCAGUUGGGCAAAAAAUGAUUGAACAGUGCCCUGACAGAGAGAGUCUGGAGUUCAGACUGGGCUACCAUGCUAUCCCCAGUAUGAGUCAUCUGCAUUUGCAUGUAAUCAGCCAGGAUUUUGAUUCUCCAGCCCUGAAAACAAAAAAGCACUGGAACUCUUUUACUACAGACUACUUCUUAAACUCUCAAGAAGUGCUGGAGAUGGUAAGAAGCAAGGGAAAAGUGAUGGUGAAAGAUCAUGUCUCUGAACUUCUCAAAUUGCCCCUCAGAUGCCAUCGUUGCAAACAACAGCUGUCCACUAUCCCACAGUUAAAGGAACAUCUCAGGAAACAUUGGCCAAAGUGACUUUGCAAAAAUGAUCUUACAACCUGUCUCCAGAUUUCAGCCUAAAACAAAGACCUCAAAAUGUUA